GCGUCAUGCCCGCUCUAGCGCGCCACUGGGUGCGCUGUCGGGCGCCAUGAGGGACGACCAAUCGCUUUCGUGAGCUGCUUCCCGAGGGACAUCUGGAGAACCCCCCCGAACCCGCCCGUGCCCCCCGCAGAGGAGAAGGGCCGCGCCGCUUGCUGCCAUGGGCGCGUCGCCCUCGGCCCCCAGCCCGGAGCAGGCUGAGAGCUUGCGCGGCGGCGUGGACGAGGCGUGCGCGCGGGCAGCGCGCGCCAUCGGCGAGGCCGACGUGCUCCUGCUGUGCACGGGCGCCGGCUUCUCCGCGGAUAGCGGCCUGGCCGUGUACGCGGACGUGGCGAGGGUGGAGGCGUACGCGAAGCGCGGGCUGCAGUACCACGACAUCUGCCAGCCACACUGGCUGGAGUCGGAGCCAGAGCUCUUCUGGGGCUUCUGGGGCCAGUGCUUCAACGACUACCGCAGCACGCCGCCCCACGAGGGCUACGCCAUAAUCGACGGAUGGGCAGACCGCUGGUUCCGGCGCACCGAGCUGGCCCAGAAGAUCCGGCAGAAGCUGCAGGCGCCGCGCGGGGCGGAUGGCGGUGGGAGCGAGGCAGAGAGCCAGGCGGAGCAGUUGCCCCUGGAGCCCUACGUCGUCUCCGACGCCGCCGGGGCCUUCUUCGUCUUCACCUCGAACGUGGACGCCCACCACUUCGACUGGUUUCGCGCCUGCGAGAUCCGCGAGUGCCACGGGAAUACGGAGACCUACCAGUGCACCCGCGGGUGUAAGGGACUAUGGCGUGCGCCCCUGGACUUCCGGUUCUGCGUGGACGCCACCAUGCUCGCGCCCGCGGGCGAGCCUGGGGCCGCGAUCGACGCCGAGGCCGCGGAGGGCGCGGGCGCCGUGAUGAAGUCGGGCGGCGGUGAGCCACCGGGCGGGGCAGCCGCCAGGCCGCGCCUCGGGCACGUCCGAGGGGGCGGGCGGCUCACGACGCUCCGGCACAUGCCGGGGCCUCUGGCCGGGGCGGCGGGCUUCGGGGCCAGCCCCCUGAAGCGAGCAUCCGAGGCGAACCACCCCGUGUGCCCGAGCUGCGGCGCCCCUGCGCGGCCCGCCAUCCUGAUGUUCGGGGACGGGGGCUGGCUGGACCUGGAUGAGCAGGAGAAGAGGUGGUUUGCGUGGGCCGACGCGGCGUGCUCGGCCGCAAAGGACGCCCAGAGCGGCGACCGUCCUCUGCGCGCCGUGGUCCUCGAGAUCGGCGCGGGGGGCAACGUGCCCACGGUCAGGAGGACCUCCGAGGACCGCCUCCACAGGUUCGGCGAGAGCGGUGCGAUGGCCAAGCUGAUCCGCGUGAACCCGGACCUCCCGCUCGGGGACAGGGACGAGUACGAGCCCGCGGGCGAGAAGGCAGACUGCAUCAUCAGCGUCAUGGAUGGGGGCCUCGCGAGCCUCCGGCGCAUCGACGCGGCCUUGGGUGCGCUGUGGCCGGCGGAUCCGCGCCAAGACGGCGACAGGCCAGGGCCGAGGCCGGGCCCGCGGGGCCGCUCUGGCACGCCGGCGUGGCGCGGCGCUGGCCGCGGGGCGGGCGGCGCCGGGCCGGGGCGCCAGGGCGGCCGCGGAUCGAGUGCAGGGCCGGGCCGGGGCCGGGGCCGGGGCCGGGCCUGACGGCGCGGACGGGCCCGGCGUCCCACCACACGGGCCAGGCUCUGUCUUUGUGGAGGCAGCAGAUCUCGGGGAGCAAGCAGUGGCAUGAACAUCAUUUAUGCUUAUGUCAUUGUUCGUUCCUCUGUGCUCGCCAAUCCUUUCUUUUUGGGUGAGUGUGGUCCGUGGAGCAGCCCAGCCGCUGCAGGAGGUCCGUCGAGUCAGGGGUGUCUGAGCAUUUGACUUGUCCACAUUCGCGCACACUUGGUACAGAGCAGUGCAAGGUAGAAUAUCGCAGCAGUCUGGCUCGCCGCUGCCAUUCCGUGGGCGAGGGGCAAUCUCCGCUACCUCCUCCCAGGAAGUGAUUAUGCCACACAUCAAUGUAUGCCUUGCACGUGUACAGUCGUGAAGACAUCAUUCAUGCUUGGUGGUGCUGGGCGACCUUUAGAUCCUUUCAGCGCGUGCGAAAAGAAAA